UCACGGUAAUCAUACCGAAAGGAAGUGGAGAAACAAUCUGUGAGCUGAACUGCAGAUUGUGUAGGUUAUAUUAAAUUGCCGGUUUAAACGCGUGUCCAUGUUUACUAGGUGGUUUGUCUUAAGGUAACACCGAGACGAUUCUGGACAGCUAAUAUUCUCGCUCUUUUAACCACUGAAUCAGUGAACGGCAAGAGGGGGAAAGGGACGCUGAGCUGCUCUCCACCGUAGCGGGCUCCACUGACUGCAGGCAGGCGCGAUGCUGCUGACCGUGUUUUGCGCACUGAGAGACCGCUCCGAAACAACUUUCGCCCUAGAGGUCUCCCCGGAGCUUGAACUCAGGGAUUUUUUGGCUCUUUGUGAACUAGAAUCAGGAAUACCCGCCGGGGAGAUUCAGAUCUCCUAUGCAGAACAAGCUUUGAGAGACCUCACCCGAGCCCUGGGGAAUUAUGGACUAAAGGAUGGAGAUGUGGUGGUGUUAAGACAAGUAGAGAGAAGACCACCGGUACAGCCAUCCUUCCCAGGGCUGCCCCGCAUUGAUUUCAGCGCCAUCGCAGUACCUGGCACCUCCUCAAACCAGCACUCCACCAGACAACAACCAAGUGCUGCCCAAUCACCCCCUUCCACGUCCCCUGCAUCUUCUCCUCAGGGUUUGGACAACCCUGCCCUGUUGCGCGAUAUGUUGCUCGCCAAUCCACAUGAGUUGUCCCUGCUGAAGGAACGUAACCCACCGCUGGCUGAAGCCCUGUUGAGUGGUGACCUUGAGCGCUUCACCAAGGUGCUGUUGGAGCAGCAGCAGGAUCGAGCCCGAAGGGAGCAGGAGAGAAUCAGACUUCUUACUGCUGACCCCUUUGACCUGGAGGCUCAGGCCAAGAUUGAGGAGGACAUCAGGCAACAUAAUAUUGAAGAAAACAUGACCAUAGCUAUGGAGGAGGCUCCUGAAAGUUUUGGCCAGGUUGUCAUGCUCUACAUCAACUGCAAAGUCAAUGGACAUCCUGUCAAGGCAUUUGUUGACUCAGGAGCCCAGAUGACCAUCAUGAGUCAAGCCUGUGCAGAGCGCUGUAACAUCAUGCGUCUUGUAGACCGUCGGUGGGCAGGGAUUGCUAAAGGCGUGGGCACACAGAAGAUCAUUGGAAGAGUACAUUUGGCUCAGGUGCAGAUUGAAGGGGACUUCUUGCCUUGCUCCUUCUCUAUUCUGGAAGAUCAGCCUAUGGACAUGCUGUUAGGACUUGACAUGCUAAAGAGACACCAGUGUUCCAUUGACCUUAAGAAGAGUGUGCUCCUGAUUGGGACAACAGGAACAGAGACACGCUUCCUGCCUGAAGCAGAACUGCCCGAUUGUGCCAGACUGGCAUAUGGGCCUGAGGGGCGAGAGGAUGCCCGGCCUGAGGAGAUUGCAGACCGAGAGCUAGCAGAGGCGUUACACAGAUCCAUACAGGACAGCGAUACUGCAGAUGGAAAAACUACCUCACCACAGUCCCCACCACUCUCUCUUUGCAAACCUUUCAACAUACCCACAAGCUCCUCACCUGCCACAAGUCAUACUCGGAGUGUCGCGCUGGACCGCUCCAAGUCUGCCCCAGCCUCCACACACCACAGCCUGCCACCAGAGACAUUGUUUAGUCCAUCUCAAACCCAGGGAGAAACCAAGUCACAUCCAUCUGACACUCAAAGCAUGACUGAAUACCACCCAUCUUAUGCCCAGGAUGUACCUCCAUCGUCCCCACCUCAAUCCUUGGCCGAGUCUUCUCAAAAUCCUGUCCAUGGACUGGUUGAUGCCUUCAAACCUCAGUCCCAACCUGUGACUGAUUCUACAUUGCCUAACACAGAGGCAGCAGAAGCUCUUAUCCCACCUGUUCUCCCUGCUCAGGAACCACCACUGUCUAGUACUGUGUCAAAGGACAAUGAAGUGACUAGCCUUGCAACUUGUGGGGAGUCUGUGAACCACUUAAAUGUAGACGUUGAGGAGGACGUAACCCUACAAGAGACAAAAGAACCUGAGUCACCCUUUACCAACCUAGAUACAAGCUCCCAGACUAGAGCUCUUCUACAGGAAGUGGACAUGGCUGAUUCUACUGAUGCAAAAACAGUAAGUCUUGACAUUCCGGAUCAGCUUCAAGAAAAAGAGCAAGACAGCAUUAUGAAAAAUGUUGCAAACAAUCAAGUUCAAUCAAGACUCACCCCUGUUUCAGAGUUGACCUUUCAUCACAGCCUUACAAGGCCAGCCGGUUCUUCUGAGCUGCCUCAUGUCUGCUCAGAAUUUGAGGAGAAUACUAAUGCUAGGUCUGCCUCAAAGAGUGCAGUGCCUUCAGAGAGGGACCAGCCAGAGGGAGACAGCAUUCCGUCUCUGGCCCAGGCCCUGAAGGAGCUUCAUGAGCUUCUGAUGUCCAACACUCACGCUCAGGCUAGUGGAAGGAGCUCUUCGUCUGCUUCUCAUACCACUACGACACAACAAGAUGCUGAAAAGGUGGACGAGGGUCGCACUACAGAGGAUUUUCCUAGUCUGAACCCAACUGUUGAGUCAUCGUCUUCUGACACUGCCACUACCAAUGAAACGACUUUUGCCAAAUCUGAACAUGCUGCUCAAGCAGGGGUUGGUACAUUAGACAUACCCACACUAAGCUCUCAAGGGCAGGAAGAUGACCAGACUAAUGGGGUGGUGAAUAUCACAGUUGAACAAGACAUGACUCAGUCUUUGUAUACCCCUGGAGGAAAUCAUGUGGGUGGAAACGGGAGAGGAAGUGUGUCAGAGCCAGGGAAAGCAUCUCCGUUACAGGGUUUUUUUGAGUUCCGAGAGGCUCACGAAAGUCAGCAAGGAAGAGGUGAUGCAGAAUGGAGGACCUCAGGCACUGAACCUCCCAACUCAGCUGAACCAUCUCAGCAGCGUCCCCUGUCUGUAGCAGUUGACUCCUCAACAGACAAUUCCAGCCUUGUGCCUGUAGCGUCCUCUCAUCCUUCAACACAGGCCCCUGAGUUAGCUCCUCUCCCCUUUGCAGACUCCAUCCAGCCUUCCGCAGUGACCUUAACGGGACAGUAUCCUGCAGAGCACAUCCAGAGGAUACAGGCAGCGGGGUUCUCAUCUCAUGAGGCAGCUGAGGCACUUGACCGGGCCGGAGGUAGUGUGGAACUCGCCCUACUGGUGCUGCUGGCCAGAAAGAUCACUGUGCCCACUUAGACCCAUUACAGAAAUGUAAUGGCAGCAUCAGUUCGUUUCUGAGCCUUUCUUUUUGAUGCCGUUUCCCCUUAUUUGUUCUUAGUUUUGUCCCUGAAAGUCAUGAGUUCAUAUUUCCCCACACCUUAAAAUUGUUCUAGCUUUGGAAAAAACUGGGAUGGGUCUGGGAUGUCUUGCAAGAAUAACAGUGAUCUGAACUUUUUCUUUUUCCCUUUAAGUCUUGCAUGCUACCUUUUGUGAGGUUCUGAAGAGUCGCUGGUUUUUAUUGUUUGGUUUAAGUUGGUUUAGAUAAACAGUGGACAUUUAUGCAUCACCUGUCCAUGAAUUUAAUGAUAAUUUUACCUGGCACAUGAAAGAGCCUUUUUGCUUUGCUCAUGCAGAUGAAUGAAACUGCAGAUUGGUGACUUGUAGUUUUAAGAUGAACACUGGUCAUUUUUAUUUAGUGUAGGAAGAGCCCUAAUUAGAAUGGUCUUGAAGCUUAGUUGUGGAUGAUGGAUGAUAUUUUUAUUUAAGCAUCUUAUACCUUUGUUCCCAGUACAUUACCCUUUAACUAAUAUGGAUACACAGAGCCCACCAUAUUGUUCCCUGUCAUCUAUGGUUAAGCUGCAUAUAUUUGGGUGUUCUUGAGAAUGCAUAAAAGUAUUUAGACUAUAUUAUGGGUUUGGUAAAAGUAUGGAUGUACAGCACACUGGUUCUGCUGUGUCAGGAUUUUACCUUUUAUUAUGUGGACAAAUGUGCCUAAUGUAUAGCAGUUUAAGAUGGAUCUUGUGUGUAAAGGUGUUGUAUUAUGAAAAACAGUGCAUUUAGGGCAAGUUUCCCAGUACCAGGUUGAGUCUACGCCUAUGCUUAAAAAGAUGUUCAGUGGUGAAUCACCAUGGGAAUUGCAGGUUUGGCCAUACCUAGGUGUAAUUAAUGUCUGGGAAAAUAACCUAUAAACUAGAAGUGCAUCCACUAACAGGAACUUCUCCCUUGUUAAACUUGCAAUAAUUACUAAAUACUGUACCUUUCACAUUAAUUCUCUUUAGUUUCUAUAUUCUGAUCAUUUUAUAUUUGCCAAUCCUGUAUAACUUGACCAUUGUGGAUUUUUUUUAUGUCUGAAUUGGUUGCCUUCAGAAGCUAAUAAUAGAUUUGUCAUUUCUGACUUCAUACAUCAUAUACUAUAUUUAAUGUUUUCAUGUGAGUGUUGAAGAAACCAUCCUAAACAGUGUUUUAUCAGUCAGCAUGGGCUUUUCUAUAAUAAAUGAAAAAAUAAAUUGUGAGAGGAAGGGGAACAGUAAAAUUAAGUCAUGAACCUUUUGGUGGGCUGUAUUUUAUCACCAGACAUCUGUCUUUUAAUUUCAGGGAUUUUGCAGUAUAGUCUUCAGUGCUGUUUUUCUUCAAAUGUAUGCAUAGCACAGUUGAUGAGACUUUUAAAGGGUGGAGAAAUGUUUGGGAUUUGGUAUUGCUUUGGUCCAUCUGCUUUUAGAACAUUCAUUACAUGGGAUUUGGUGAUUUGUAUGUCAUUCUCUUAAUUCAGCAUCUUUUUUUCUAGACUACAGUAACGUUGUAUUCAAAAUUCUGGCAAGCCCUGUCUAGCUGUGUUGAGUCAUGUCUACCACCUUGU